AUGCUGCUCACAAUCUCCACUACGCAUCAACCUGCCACCGACCUGGGGUACCUGGUGCACAAAAACCCGGGUCGGUUACAGUCGUUUAAACUCCCGUUCGGGCAGGGUGAUGUCUUCUAUCCCGAAGCGGAGCGCGACCGAUGUACCGUAGCGCUUCUGCUGAACAUUGACCCGGUGGGCCUGGUACGCCCGAAGCGCGGCGCGCCCAGUUCCGGCGGUUGGCUGGAGCAAUACGUGAACGACCGGCCCUACGUGGCGUCAUCCCACCUGAGUGUGGCAAUUGCCUCCGUAUUCGGCAGCGCCCUCGCCGGUACGAGCCGGGAGCGCCCGGAGUUGGUAGAUAUGGCCAUUCCGCUGGAGGCCCGAGUCGCAGCGGUUCCGUCCAGAGAAGGAGCGGACCUAAUCCAGAGCCUUUUUGAGCCGCUGGGCUACACUGUUGAUAUCCAGGGACACCCGCUGGAUACGCGCUUUCCCGAGUGGGGUAACAGCCCCUACUUCAGCGUGGGCCUUACGUCGGAAACCCGGCUCCGGGACCUGCUGGCCCACCUGUAUGUGCUGCUGCCGGUGCUGGACGACAACAAGCAUUACUGGGUCGGCGACGAUGAGGUAGACAAGCUGCUACGCUUCGGCGAGGGGUGGUUGGAUAGCCAUCCGCAGCGGGACCUCAUUUCGUACCGCUACCUGAAGCAUCAGCGCGGGCUCGUGAACCAGGCGCUAGCCCAAUUGCUGGACGCCGGACCUUCGGACCCGGGUAACACCGCAGCGCGGCAGGAACAAGAAGAGGAACGGCUGGAGGCCCCAGUUCGACUGGGGGAGCAGCGCAUGCAGGCGGUGCUGGCCACGCUCCGCAUGCUCGGGGCGACCAGGGUGCUGGACCUCGGUUGCGGGGAAGGAAGGCUUAUUGGCGAGUUGCUUGGAGAGCCGGCGAUUCGUUCGGUGACCGGCCUGGACGUCUCACAUCGGGCGUUAGAAACGGCGCGCCUGCGCCUGCAUAUUGAUACCCUGCCCACCCAGCAGCGGGAGCGCAUCACCUUGCUGCACGGUUCCCUCACCUAUAGAGACCAGCGGCUGUCCGGCUAUGACGCCGCGGUGGCAAUGGAGGUGAUCGAGCACAUAGACGCCCCAAGACUUGACGCCUUUGAGGAGGUCGUAUUCGGGUCCGCAAAGCCCGGCGCGGUGCUGAUCACGACGCCCAAUGCAGAGUACAACACCCUCUUCGGGGGACUGCCCGACGGAGAGUUCCGGCACCGGGACCACCGGUUCGAAUGGACGCGGGGACAGUUCCAGGCCUGGGCGAGACAAACAGCGUACCGCCGCAAGUACGCUGUACGCUUCGAGGACAUCGGCCCCGAGCACCCCGCAUACGGCGCCCCGACUCAGAUGGGGGGUCUUACCCAAUGA